AAAGAUGAAAAUUUAAUUUAAAAAUCGAAAUGGAACUCAGAACCUCGUGACUUUUAACCCUAGAACACAGUCGUGGGGUAUCUGAUACCGACGCAAUUUGUUUCAUAUGGGCGCCUACCGGUGCAACACACACACACACACGUAUAGAAUGGUAAGAAAUAUAGGAUUAGCAUUCCACUACAUGGAUAAGGAUAUGAUGAAAAAGAUAAUAACCACUAUGAUUAGACCAAAAUUGGAAUAUGCGGAAACUGUGUGGUCUCCCCAUAAGAAGAAACACAAGAAAAACUAGAAAGAAUACAAAGGAUGGAAACGAAAAUGGUUCCAGAACUGGAGGGAUUGCCAUAUGAAGAAAGGUUAAAGGAAAUAGACCUACCUACUUUGGAACAAAGAAGAGAAAGGGGAUACCUAAUACAAAUUUACAAAUUAUUGAUUAAAAUGGAAGUAGACAAUGGGGAGUUACUACUGAGAAGGAAGAAAUACCAGCAACACACGAGGGCAGUAAAAAAAAAAUGAGGAAAGGAAGAUGCUUGCGAGACAAAGAAAUAUAGCUUCCCGCAAAGAAACAUGGAGGUUUGGAACAGACUAAGUGAGGAUGUAGUAUCAGCGAAGAGUGUGCACAAUUUUAAGUAAAAGCUGGACAAAUACUGAGAUGGAGACGGGGCCACACGAGCCCUGUAAAACUACAAGGUAAACACACACACACCCACACACACACAUCUAUCUAUACUAUACAUUUCUUCUUUGAUGAGACAUACUGCAAGCUGCUGUGUUGAAUGAUAAAGAGGAUAGGCGUGCGCUGGGUGGGUGGGGGGGCUUACUGUGUGUGUGUGUGUGUGUGUGAUGGUAUGGGCAAGAAGGUGGUGCGUGGUGGUGAGUGGUUGAGUAUAUUAUGUGUAAAGACGGUGAUGCUUGUAAAAAAAAAUGACUUGGCAACUCCUUCCCUUCUACAAACAAACGCUCGCAGCAUAACUCGUUUCGUUGACUUUCCCUUCCCUUUCUCCGCGUGUAAUAACCCGGACCGUUGGCCUUCCCGCACUCCCAAGACCCUCGCCCCUAAAACCCUCCACCACACGCUCUAUGUAGCCUCUGUAACCCCAGGCCGAGAGAAUAUCCACACACACACACACACACACACACACACCACCCUGCCAACACACGACACCUCUUCCUUUUAACACUUUGGGAUAUUAGGAAGUUAUGACUGCUAGACUGCCAGGUACAUUAUAUGACACACACACACACACACACACACACACACACACACACACACACACACACACACACAGAAUAACACGGAAGAGCUGUUAUGAAUACAUACUAAGAAUGAUGGUAAAAAGGAAAGCAGGACGGAAAGGGAGGAAACGAAAGGUUCGUGUCAAGAAAAAUAUAACUUCAUAGUUGGAGCUUCUUGACUGAUUUUGAUACUUUUAUAUAUGAUGAUAUUAAUGAUGACGAGGGUGAUGAUGAUGAUGGUUGCUCAAUGUUCUUACAAUAAAUAUUCAUGUGGUAUACCGACGUAAAAAAAUAAAUAAAUAAAUAAAGUAAGUUGAGUUUCUGUGAAUGAGAAAAACAAUAUAUAAAUAAACGUACGAUAAACGAGACUGUGGCGACAUCUGGUAAGGAGGCAAGGUAAGACGUGACUUGGGCGGGCAACCUGCGCUUCUCCCUCAUACAGUGAGAGGGAGAACUGCUGGUUGGCCGCCCACGGUUGCGCGACCCACACAGCUACACGACACACAUCACACGGCCCGCCACUCACGAACACAGCCUCCCUCACGCCAGCAGAGCCUUCCGACAGACGGUGCGCUAACCAUGAGGCACAUUGGUAAAUCGGGAGAAGAUUCAAAACUAAAUACUUGAACCGCAGUGUUUGCCCGUUCAGCGUGUGUGGCACGUGUUAUCGCCUCGGAACAAUGACGAUAAGAGAAGGUUCCCACGUUUCUGAAGUCCCCUGAAGCGGUGAAGCAACUCUCCAAGCGAGCCAGUGAACGUGGUGGUGAGAACACUUGAUCAGCACCAUGGGAUUCCGAAAUAACAGAGAAAGUUCUACUGGGCGACCAACGGAACUACCUGUCCAGAGCCAUGUGCGAGGGACUGGAGCAAAUGAGCACAACGCCCAGAUGAAUACAUUGGGAAGAGACGACAAAUCUGAUAAAGACGCUUCCCGGCGACCCCAAGUCUCAGCCUCUCCCCUGGGCAUCCCUCUCUCCGCGCUUUCACCACGACCCGAGCCGGAAAGGGAGACCCUCCAGGAAAGGCCCGGGUUCAGCGUGAAGCGGCUGGUCGUCCUUAGUACAGCAGGAAUUAUCGUCACCGGUCUGGUGUUCGUGAUCGUCCUAGUUCCGUUGUUAAAUUCAAAGGAGCUUCCCGAUUCUCGCUCCACCGAUAUCCCCGUAAGUGCUUCAGACAGUGACAGUGACUCAGAAGAAAGAUUUUCAAGGAAAACUUCAGUGUUCCUGAGUCAAGAGAACUCAAACAGGGUAGACAAUGCCCUCAGCGACGAGGAGUACUACGAGUUCUUGAUAACAGGCGUUGAGAAGGCCAUGAACCUAACAGCAGACCCCUGCCACGACUUUUAUGAGUACGCCUGCGGGAGGUGGGGUGUUCACAACCCGCCCCCUCAGGCUGUGGCCAGGUGGAGCAAUUUUGACAAUAUGACAUUACUACUCUGGAGCUUGAUGGAGGUGAGACUGAAACAACUUUCCAACGACACAAUUCUAUCACAGAGGACAAGUGAAGGUGAUACACAAACGAGUGAUUCCCCGCUAAAUAACGCCCUUCCUUCUGUUCGUGCCCUUAUGAUAGACUAUUAUAAAUCCUGCGAAAACGAGGAGCUGCUAUCGCAGAAAGAUGUGGUUCCGCUAAAAGGAGUGCUAAAUCAAAUGGACCAAAUGUACACUACUGCUUCUCAAGAACUUCAACCCUUACAGGCAUUCCAGAAGCUACUCGAGUUUGUUCACCAUGACCUUCAUGUUUAUGCUUUCUUCAGCUGGAAAGUUGAGACAGACAAUAAGAUUCGGGAUGCCAUGGCUAUUGAACUGAACGUGCCGCCCGCAGAGCUAAUACAACAGGGAACAGAACUAGAGGGGAAAACAGACCUUAUCCGAGCGUACGGUCUAUAUGCCAAAACAUUACUAGAACUGGUUGGUACUUUUAACAGUAAUAGCUUAGAUAAUGAAGUCAGUGUCAUUGUUGAGUUCUUUGAGACCUUCCACCCAAUUAAGGGAUCACCAUUAGUAAACAGGACAGGUGUAGAGAGCUUGGAUGAACUAGCUCCUAUUUUAGAAUGGCAAAAGUAUUUCAACAGUGCUUUCAAUAGAGUGGGUGUAUACAUUACAAAAGAUGAACAAAUUCUCUCCCAAGUUCAGGACUAUUUAGCAGUUCUCUCCAGACACAUAUUAUUGGAAAUUUCAACUCAUGGUGUGGAGAGACUUUAUGUGUAUCUUCGGUGGCAGGUGAUACAAUCAUACAGCCAGAUUUUACACAAGCCAGCUAGGAAUGCUAUUUUGCCACUAGUUCGUGAAAUAACCAAAGUCAAUACAACAAUUUCAAAUUUCCGUUUGCGCCCCUGUGUCAAGGAGGUGGUAGAAAGGCUUCCCCUUGCAACAAGUCACCUGUUACUAGAAAUCUUCAAAGAAAAUCUUCCUAAAACAACCAUCAGUGAUAACAUCCAGGUCGUCACAGAAAUGGCUGACGUAAUAAGAGAGGAAUAUAUUAAAUACAUAGAUUCUUUUACAUGGUUAGAGGCUAAUGCAAAAAGUGUCCUACUAGAAAAAUUAAGUAAAGUUGCCAUAAAGGUAGGGUACCCACCCAUUGUAGAUAAUCCUUUUGAGCUACAUGACUACUUUCAAAAUCUGACAUUCAAUGAGGACUUUUUCACCAAUCAAAUGGCUUUACUAAAGUUUAAUCGUGAUAACCACAUGAAACUCUUGCGACAACCACACCUAUACAGUGAAUGGCAGGUUCUGUCUCCCUUGUCUGUGAUAAGCUUUUACCUGUACCGGCGUAAUGCCCUUCUGAUCCCUCUGGGUGGACUCCUACACCCUGUAUAUAGCACUAGGCUGCCAGUCUACCUGGCCUACGCCACUAUGGGAACCUUGAUCAGCCACGAACUGGGCCAUUCUGUUGAUUUUGUGGGUCGCACAAGAGACAUGUAUGGAAGAGUUAAUAUUACUAUGUGGGAUGAGAAAACCGUAGAAGACUUUGUAAAGCAUGUCACGUGUCGAGUUGAGCAGUAUAGUCAAGCCUAUUAUCCCAUCCAGGGCUUACAGACUAUCUCAGAGGUGAUGGCUGAUGAUCCUAGUGUUCAAACUGCAUUCAUGGCAGGUUCCACCCACCUUCAGCAUCAUCAACUACCAGCUACAAUAAGUAACUUCUUGGAAAAAUUGAACCUUUCAUCAGAGCAGUUAUUUUUCUUGUACUAUGCCCAAAUGUUUUGUUCAACCUCAAGCCCAGAAAACCCUCUCCUUGGUAUCAAACACUACCCUCCUGAUUGGGCACGGGUUACAGCCACCCUUGCUAAUACUCCACAGUUCAAAGCAGCAUUUAGCUGUCAAAAAGGUACAGCACUGAAUCCUGAUAUCAAAGAAUGUAAAAUAUGGUAAACAGGGUAAUGUUACAAGGAAAUAAAUACUUUAACAA